CCCCCGGGCCCCGCAGGCAGCCAGCCCGGCCCCGCGCGCCCGGGAGGACGCGCCGCUGCGCCACCCGCGGGCACCGCGCCCGGCCCUCCCCGCGCCCGUCACCGCCGGCCCUCACGGCUGACCCGGCCCGACCCUCCCCGCCGACCCUCCCCGCCGACCCUCCCCGCCCCGCCGCGCCCCACCCUCUCGCCAGACCCUCCCCGCGGCUCCGCGUCCCUCCCGGGCCUCCCCAUCCGACCCGGCUCCCCCGACCCUCUGCUCCUCGCCCCUCCCCGACCCGCCCCUCCAGCCCCUCCGCGACCCCCCCCCGCCCCGUCCCCGGCCCGCCGCGCCCCUCCUCCCCUUCCCCUCCAGCCUCUCCGCGCCCCUCCCCGCCCCGCCCGCCGCGCCCCUCCCCUCCGGCGCCCGCAGGUGCUGCCCCUGGCGGGCCGGGCGCGGCCGGGUAUAAACGGGCCCCGCGGACCGCGCCGCGACCGCCCGCGCCACCAGUUGCGCCCGCGCCGGACCAGGACCGCGUUCCCGCCACAGGAGCCCGCGCCAUGUCUGAGAUCGCGCCCUUCUACGAGGGCAAGUCCGUCCUGGUCACAGGGGCCACCGGCUUCCUGGGCAAGGUGCUGCUGGAGAAGCUGCUGCGCGCCAGCCCGGGCCUCAGGGUCGUCUACGUCCUGGUGCGGCCCAAGAAGGGCCAGACGCUGCAGGAGCGGGUGGCCCAGAUGCUCAGCUACGAGCUAUUUGACAAAGUCAAGGAAUUGUAUCCCAACGUGCACGAGAAGAUCCGGCCCAUCUGCGCAGACCUCAACCAGCAGGACCUGGCCAUCAGCAAGGAGGACACCCAGGAGCUGCUGUCCAGCACCAACCUCGUCUUCCACUGCGCUGCCACCGUGCGCUUCGACGACCACCUCAAGCACGCCGUGCAGCUGAACGUGGCAGCCACCCAGCAGCUCCUGCGCAUGGCCAGCCAGAUGGCCCGGCUGGAGGCCUUCGUCCACGUCUCCACCGCCUACGCCAACUGCAACCUCCAGCACAUCGACGAGGUGGUGUACUCGUGCCCCGUGGAGCCGCAGCAGAUCAUGGCCUCCAUGGAGUGGCUGGACGACGCCAUCAUCGAGGAGAUCACCCCCAGGCUGAUCGGGGACCGGCCCAACACCUACAUCUACACCAAGGCCCUGGCCGAGAUGGUGGUGCAGAAGGAGGGCGGCCACCUCAACAUGGCCAUCGUCAGGCCGUCCAUCGUGGGCGCCACCUGGCAGGAGCCCUUCCCCGGCUGGGUGGAUAACUUCAACGGGAUCACAGGGAUCAUAACGGCGAUGGGCAAGGGCCUGCUGCGCUCCAUGAAGGGGACCCCGAGGGCCGUGGCCGACAUCAUCCCAGUGGACAUCGUGGCCAACCUCAUCUUGGCCGUGGGCUGGUACACAGCAGUGCACAGACCGAAAUCAACACGGAUCUACCACUGUACGUCGGGUGCCCUCAACCCCUGUUGCUGGAGGGACAUAGCCGCGCUGAUGGUAGCCAGCUUCGAGAAGGUGCCCCUGGAGCAGACGUUCUGGAGGCCCAACGCCGAGCUGUACAGCAGCGCCCUCGCCAAGAAAUACUGGAACAUGGUCAGCCACUGGUGCCCCGUGGUCAUCUGCGACCUGUACCUGCGGCUCACGGGCAGGAAGCCCCGGUUCAUGAAGGUCAUGAGCCGCAUCCAGAAGAUGCUCUCGUUGCUGGAGUACUUCGUCAGCCACAGCUGGGAGUGGAGCGUGAACAGCUCGGAGAUGCUCAGGGCCCAGCUGAGCCCCGAGGACCAGCGCGUGUUUAACUUCGACGUGCGGCAGCUGAACUGGCUGGAGUACAUCGAGAACUACGUCGUGGGCGUGAAGAAGCACUUACUGAAGGAGGAGAUGUCGGGCGUCCCCAAGGCGAAGGAACACCUGAAAAAGCUCCGGAACAUCCAGUACCUCUUCAACACGGCCCUCGUGCUCCUGGCCUGGCACCUGCUCGUCACGCGCUCCCAAGUGAUGCGGAACAUCUGGUUCUUCCUCGUCAACUCCUGCUCUAAGCUCCUCCCCUGCCUGCGGGCGCCCCGCGUGUCCAGGGUCUGAGCGCUCAGCAGCCCGGUCCCUGCCACCCCAGACGUCUCCACAGCAACCAGCCUGUGGCCGGGCUCGGACACUCGAGUUCCCGGCCAGUGCCCGGCCCGCUCGCACCCACGCCUGACUUCUCAGCCCGGCCUCUGCCGAGGUGCAUCCCAGGGACCGCCGAGCCCGUCCGGCAGGCCUUCUGCAAAGGUUUGCAGCAGCGCACACGGGAACGCAGGGGGACGCUGACGCCCUGACCCUCCGGGCCGGCCCCCGUGAGACGGUCACACACACGUAUUAUGUUUUUGAACUAGUUUGCGCAUUUGAAAUGGAUAUUUCUAAAUUCUCUGAGUCCCAAAUUUUCUGAGAACCUUCCGGCUUUCUUCUUACUGUCUUCGAACCCUUCCCACUUGAGUCCUCGAAGGAGGGGCGCCUCAGCGAGGUUGAGGGGCUCCUUUCCCACCGAGGAAGGCAGGAUGAAACGCAGCUCCUCUUGCCCAAAGAGGGCCGAGUCCUGAGCUGACCACAGUGUACCUGUGGCUCCCUGCUUGUACCGCACGGGCCGGGGCUGGAGAACAGGCGUCAGGAGGACCCGGAGCGAGUGUCACUUUGUCUGAACAUUUUUUUCUGAACAAUGGAAAGCCAGCGGGUUGCCCCAGCAUCUUGUACGACAACGUUGUGUCAAAACAGAGCAUUCAAAUUUAGCGUUGGGGCCCACACAACUCCAAUGACCUGGCACAAAGCUAGAUGAUGACCCAGACAUUGGCAUGGGUGCUCUUCACGCCCCUCCUGCCGUCUCUGCUGCCCAGAUGGACGAGCACUGCAGGCCUCGAACCCGACUCCCUCCCAGAAAGGCUCAAGCUUUCUCUGCACUCCACGGAGGGCCUUUUCGGGGGGCUGUUAGUUCUGGGAAAGACUUUCCGGGGUAGAAAGUCAGGGUAGGUCCUGAAACCGGGUCAAGACGUGCUCUAAGGAUUUACUGUCCCGAUGCAAUAAAUCCAGUGAGGAAUUCUG